AUGAAGAACCAUAUUUUUGUAUCCGUUACACUCUUAAUCUUGUUAGUUGUAUCCAGUUUAGCAUCCGAUAUUCACCAAGAUGGAUAUUGUGUUAUGCGUGGUCAGUGUGGCUCAAAGCAAGUUUUCGGAAAACAAUUAAAUUGCCCCUACAAUAAACCAGCUGAAGAGCCGGAUGAAGCUUUGAGAUUAAAACUCAUUGAAAUUUGUGGAUCAAAAUUUGAAAACUCUUUAACAUGUUGUGAUUCAGCUCAAUUGGAUGAUCUUAAAGAAAGUACAAAACAAGCUGAAACUUUAAUUAGUGCUUGUCCCGCAUGUUGGAAGAACUUUCUCGGUUUUUUCUGCACUUUUACAUGUUCUCCAAAUCAAUCUACUUUUGUUAAUGUGACUUCAAUUGGUGAAUCGCCUACUACUAAUAAUGAAAUAGUAACGAGUGUAGAUUUCUUUGUGGGUGAAAAUUAUGGAAAAGGUUUCUUCGAUUCUUGUAAAGAUAUUAAAUUUGCCGCAACAAAUGGUUAUGUUAUGGAUUUCAUUGGUGGUGGUGCAACUAAUUAUUAUGAUUUUCUGACUUACUUGGGUAUGGAACGUCCAAUGAUCGGCUCACCUUUUCAGAUUAAUUUUCCUCUUAAUGAUUCAUCAAAUGUUAUGACCCCUUUUGAUGAACCGGCGAUACGUUGCAAUGACACUGACACUAAUUAUCGUUGUUCUUGCAUGGAUUGCCAAUCUGUUUGUCCUAUUUUGGAUCCAACACCGGAAGAAAAUCCCCCGUGUCGUGUUGGUUCUAUUAGUUGUUGGGCAUUUAGUUUAUACCUAUGUUAUAUAAUCAUAAUAUUAAGUGUUUUCGCAAUAUGUUGUGUCAUUGAUCCAAAUUAUAAUAGUAUUGGGUAUGAACGUGUUCCUCUGUCCAGCAUUGAGGUUAGAGUACCUGAUCCUCGACCUUCAUCAAAACGUUAUUGGCUUAACGAAUUACUACAAGAAUAUUUCUAUCAACAAGGUUUCACUUGUGCAAGAUACCCUUGGCAUACUAUUAUUGUGGCUGGUAUUUUUGUAUUAAUCGCUUCAUCAGGUUGGGCUUGCUUUAAGGUGGAAACUGAUCCCGUCCGACUUUGGGUCGCUCCAAAUUCUGAUUCGGCAAUUCAAAAAGAAUAUUUUGAUAAAAAUUUUGGUCCUUUUUAUCGAACUCAACAAAUUUUCAUUACGAAUAAAGAUGAAACUCAAAGUGUUGUAACGUACGAAAAUCUCAAGAAACUGUUCAUAAUUGAGAAACAAAUUCGUAAUCUAAAAUCAUCCCCUCACAAAUAUACUCUACAAGAUUUAUGUUUCCAUCCCAAUGGUGAUGCGUGUAUUGUUCAAUCUGUAACUGGUUAUUGGCAAUCUGAUAUUGAAAAUUUUAAUGAAGAUACUUGGGAAGAUGAGUUUAGUUCUUGCGCAGCUGCUCCUUCAUUUUGUUUACCUGAUUUUCAGCAACCAUUAAAACCAGAUAUGAUUCUUGGGGGUUUCGAAAAUUCAAAUUAUAAAGAAGCAAAGGCUUUAGUACUUACCUUUGUUUUAAACAAUUAUUUGAAAAAGGAUAAAGCAAAGAUGGCCGAAGAAUGGGAAGAAAAUUUGAGAAGUUAUUUGCACGAAGUCAUUGAUGGUAAAAAUGAUGAUGUUAACGUUACUGAUAUUAGAAUAAGCUUUUCAACAGAAAGCUCUUUAGAACUUGAAUUAAACAAAUCGACCAACACUGAUUUUUUCACAAUCAUACUUUCGUAUUUGGUUAUGUUUUUAUAUGUAUCUAUAGCUUUGGGUAACAGAUCAUCUCUCUCACGUAUAUUUAUUGAUACAAAAUUCAUGCUGGGCAUUUGUGGUAUCUUUAUAGUUUUAGCGUCAGUAUCAACAUCUGUUGGAAUUUUCUCAUUCCUUGGAAUCAAAGUUACACUUAUUAUCGCCGAAGUUAUUCCAUUUCUUGUACUGGCUGUAGGAGUGGAUAACAUUUUUAUUCUUAAUCACGAAUUUGAGAGAUUAACUUUAAGAUCAGGUGGUGAAGAUUCUGUUGAAGAACGUAUUGCAAAAACUUUAGGUAGAAUGGGUCCAAGUAUACUUCUUAGUGCGUUAAGUGAAACUAUUGCAUUCGGUUUAGGUGGUAUAGUUACAAUGCCUGCUGUACGAAAUUUUGCUCUUUAUGCUGCUUUAGCUGUAUGGGUGGAUUAUUUAUUACAAGUAACUGUGUUCAUAGCAUUUCUAUCCUUAGAUGCUAAACGACAGGAGGAUGAUAGGAUGGAUUGUUUUCCAUGUGUUAAAAUUGAACGUGCAUCAGAAAGGAUAGAUAGAGAAGGUAUACUUCAAAAAUGGAUGAGAAAGUAUUACGCGCCAUUCAUAUUACAUAAAAAUGUUAAAAUCACAAUAAUCUCAUUAUUUGUUGGUGCAUUUAUGAUUGGAUUAAGCUUGGUACCUCAAGUUGAGUUAGGACUCGAUCAACGUAUUGCACUACCCAGUGAUUCUUAUCUUAUUGAUUAUUUCGAUGAUUUGGAUAGUUAUUUCCGUGUUGGUCCACCUGUUUAUUUUGUUGCCAAAGACGUAAACGUUACAGAAAGUAAAGGUCAGCGAGCUUUAUGUGGACGUUUUAGUACAUGCGAACAAUUUUCAUUAUCCAAUAUCUUGGAACAAGAACGCAAAAGAUCACAUGUAUCAUAUAUAGCAGAACCUACAGCAUCAUGGAUUGAUGAUUUCUUACAUUGGCUUAAUCCAUCACUUGAAAUGUGUUGUCGAUUCAAAAAAGGUUCCAAUCCUACCGAAAUGUGUGAUAUUUAUGAUGACGAAGAUGAUUGUGAAGUUUGUUUUAAAGAUCGAGAACCUAAAUGGAAUAUUACAAUGAAGGGUUUACCAGAAGGAAGUGAAUUUUUAUAUUAUAUGAAUUUAUGGAAAAAUUCUGCACCUGAUGAAUCAUGUCCAUUAGCAGGUAAAGCUGCAUAUGGAGAUGCAAUAGUUUCAAGUUCAAAAAAUAAUACUGUAGUAGCAAGUCAUUUCCGUACAUUCCAUACACCUCUUAAAAGUCAAAAUGAUUACAUAUCAGCAUAUCAUGCAGCACAUCGUAUUAGUAAAGAAAUCAAAAAGAAAAAUCCAACUGUAGAUGUAUUUCCAUACUCUGUGUUUUAUAUAUUUUUCGAACAAUAUGAACAUAUAGUAGGAUUAUCAGCUGAAAUAUUUUUAUAUGCAUUUUUAUCAAUAUGGGUAGUAACAUCAUUACUGUUGGGUAGCGUAUGGACGGGAUUAAUUGUAGUAGGUCAUGUGAUUAUGAUAGUUGUAGAUGUGCUCGGAAUAAUGGCAAUAUGGGGUGUUUCAUUGAAUGCGGUAAGCUUAGUAAAUCUAGUAAUAUGUGUAGGAAUUGGCGUAGAAUUUUGUGUUCAUGUAGUACGAGCAUUUGUAGUAGGAGGAGAAGGAGUAGAAAAAAAUGAAAGAGCGUAUGGUGCUAUAGUAGAUGUAGGAAGUUCUGUAUUUUCAGGUAUUACAUUAACAAAAUUUUGGGGUAUAUUAGUAUUGGCAUUUACUAGAAGCAAAAUAUUUGAGGUGUAUUAUUUUAGAAUGUAUGUUAGUAUGGUUAUAACAGGUGCGUUACAUGGACUAUUAUUAUUACCUGUGGUAUUAAGUUUAAUUGGAGGUGAAGGUAUUGGAGUAGGAGAGGAUUUUGAUUAUGAUGUUGUUGAUGAGGUACUUGGAGGAAGGCCUAUUAGAAGAACAGGUAAUAGAAUGCUUGUAGAUGAUGGGGGAAUUGAAAGUGGUGAGAGUGAUGCAGAAUUGUAA